ACAAGCUUCCACAUUGAAGUGACUUACGGCAAAUAUUUUCUGAAGUGAUUUCUCUACUUUUACAAUAACCCUAAAAUAAUAAACAACAUAGUGUCUUGACAAAGUGAAAUUGUAGUGGCUUCAAGGAACCAUGGUUAAGCCCACGAGGGGAUGUCCGGCAUGAGGAUUCUUCAGUUUCCUCUUCCGUCCAGAGCUGUGCUCUCAGUGAGGGGACCACUGGUUGUUCGACCAGUCGCGCUCCAGCCAUGACGCCUAAACGUUGCUUUCUAGGCUUCCUCAUCAGUUUCUUCCCGACUGGUGUCGUAGAAACUCAGUCAGUCCACGAGUGUCUGAAGCCUCAGAGAGUACAUUUCCAGUCUCGAAAUUUUCACAACAUUUUGCACUGGCAGCCUGGGAGGGCUUGCACGAGCACCAGCGGUAUCUAUUUCGUGCAGUAUAAAACGUAUGGACAGAGACAAUGGAAAAAUAAAGAAGACUGUUGGGGUAUUCUAGAAUUCUUUUGCGACCUUACUAACGAAACAUCAGAUAUACAGGAACCUUACUAUGGACGGGUGAGGACCACCUCGGCUGGGAUCCACUCGGGGUGGACCAUGACGCAACGUUUCACUCCCUGGUGGGAAACAAAAAUAGAUCCUCCCGUCAUGAAUAUAACCCAAGUUAAUGGAUCUUUGUUGGUGAUUCUCCAUGCUCCAAAUUUACCAUAUAGAGACCAAAAAGGAAAAAAUGUAUCAAUAGAAAAUUACUAUGAGCUAGUAUACCGAGUCUUUAUAAUUAAUAAUUCACUGGAAAAGGAGCAAAAGGUAUAUGAAGGAGCCGGCAGAGUUGUUGAAAUUGGAGCUCUGGCACCUCACUCUGGUUACUGUGUGGUGGCUGAAAUGUACCAGCCCAUGCUAGACAGAAGAAGUCAGAGAAGUGAAGAGAGAUGUGUGGAACUUCCUUGAAGGAGUAUGGAGUGCUCCACAACAUGGAAAUCGAAAGCUCUCUGAGAAUGGGAUGGCUCAUGGUUGAAGGAUCUCACUGAAAGUUGUGUUUAUAUUUUCUUGAUGAAGCAUUCACCAUUACACCUUAGGGAACUCUUUGUUUAUCCAUUCUUUCUUCCUUUACAUUGUACUUGUAAACUAACUUAAGCAACACUGCUCAAAACAUUGGAAUUUAAAGAGGAGGCAGAGAAUAAAGGGCUCUCUUUAGUUCUCAAUGUAAUAUCCCAACAACAAUCUGCAUUUGCUCUAAGACAGCUAAAUAAACAUUUGAGAGCCCAGGUAAGAGUAGGCAUUUAACAAUAUAUUGUUGGAUUAAUUUUUUUUAAGAUAACAAUUCAGGG